CAAUCACACGUCUCCUAAUCUCGUCUUUUAAGAUCUUCUAGGUUUUGAAGAAUGGAAGAUUUAAGCAGGUUGUCAAACCCGAAAAAUUUCGGAUUCAUUGGAAGACAAUCACUUCCCCAGAAAAACCUGGAAAAAAAUAUUUCUCCUCCUAAUAAUAUGCACCACCACAGUGCUUCUUUAGAUGAUCUUUUCACAGAAGACCAACCAGCUUGGCUCGAUGAGCUCCUAAGUGAGCCAGCCUCACCUAAGAUUAACAAAGGUCAUAGACGUUCAGCUAGUGACACAUCUGCUUACUUUAACUCAGCUUUAAUGCCUUCGACGGAAAAUCAGCUUAUGAAAAAUCAUGUUUCUGGUUCUUCUUGGCAAUUCCAGAACUAUGAUUUGUGGCAGUCCAACUCUUAUGAACAACAUAGUAAAUUAGGAUGGGAUUUGACUACCGCAAAUGGAACUAAUCUCCAAAGAAAUAUGUCAUGUGGAGCUGUAAAUAGAUUAGGUACCUCAACAUCGAAAUCCAUUGAGAAACAUGUAAGCAAAAUGAAAGAAGGAACUUCCACAAAACCAGAUGGUCCUGGAUCAAAGACUGACGCGAAACGUAUCAAACAUCAAAAUGCUCAUCGAGCACGUCUGAGAAGGCUUGAGUACAUAUCGGACCUCGAAAGGACCAUCCAAGUGCUACAAGUUGAAGGAUGUGAAAUGUCAUCUGCCAUUCACUACUUGGAUCAGCAGUUACUCAUGCUUAGCAUGGAAAAUAGAGCUUUAAAACAACGUAUGGAUAGUUUAGCAGAAAUCCAAAAGCUUAAACAUGUGGAGCAGCAAUUGCUUGAGAGAGAGAUAGGAAAUCUACAGUUUCGACGACACCAACAACAACAACCACAACAUAACCAAAAACAAGUGCAAGCAAUACAACAAAAUCGAUACAACAAAUAUCAACCACCUGUUACACAAGAACCCGACUCCCAAUUUGCAGCCUUGGCAAUAUGAUUUAGGAAAUAUGGAUCCAUUACAAUUCAGAUUAUGCUGAGCUCUUCUUGCUCUAUCGUAAUGUCCAUACAACAUAGGUGAACUACUGAUGUUUGUAGUUUUGAAUGAAUACCUAAAAAAACA